AUGGCGUCAGCAAGUGCCAUCUCAUUGGGGAACCCACCGCCAGGUGAUCCGCCUGAAUCCAGUACAGGAAACGCCAACGAACGAACGAUGCCUGAGUGGAUGGACCACUCUGGCAUGCACGGUCAACGAAUAAUACUGCAACUACGUGCAGCCGGAGAAGGGGUACUACCAAAGAACCCGUUUAUUAUCGGCAAAUCUAUAGAAAACACCUGCGGAGGAAAAAUUGAAUCUGCCCACACAGAGGAGAGGGGUAGCAAAUAUGUCCUAAAAACGAGGAGUGUCGAACAAGCGAAAAAGCUAAUGAAAAUGAACAAAUUAAUAGAUGGCACAGAGGUUGUAGUAGAUUCCCACCCAACGCUGAAUCGAAUACGCUGCGUGCUGAGUUGCCGAGAUGCCAUUGAUGUAUCGACAGACAUUUUGAUGAAAGAGCUGGCACCGCUAGGAGUAAUCGAUAUCCGUAGAAUCACGAGACGAGUAGAAAAUACACGAGUGAACACGCCCACACUUAUCCUCACUUUCCAUGGAACUACGUUUCCCAAGCACGUCUACUUUGGCCCUCUCCGAGUGGAAACACGCGAGUUCUUACCAAAUCCAAUGAUUUGUUUUAACUGCUGCAGUUACGGUCACACGAAAGACAAAUGCCCCAACAAUGCUGCGUGCCAAAACUGUUCAGGGGCCCACAAGCUUGAAAAAGAUGCCUGCAAAGAGAAACCACAUUGCAAAAAUUGCCAAGGUAGCCACUCGCCUACCAGCAGAACGUGUGCGAUGUAUAUCAAAGAAGAGAAGAUAAUAAAAUUGAAAAUUGAGAAGGGGAUCUCGUUUGGUGAAGCCAGGAAGGAGUAUAAUAAACAGCAUGGACAGCAUUCCUUCGCAGCAGUUUGCAGUGCACAGGAUAGACUGGACAAUUUAAGGAAGGACAACGAAAUACAGAUGUUGAGAGAAGAAAUUCUUAAACUUAAAGCAAUGUCAAAGGAGACAGAAAAGGACCUCGAAAUCCAAAAGCUGCGCAGCGAACUCACACAGAUGCAAAACAUUAUGGCCGAAUUCAACAAAAUGAAAAAAGAACUGGAAGAAAUGAGGAAAAUGAAAAACAUCGAGCACCUCGAGAUAUCAGAAGACGAACAGGACCAGACGAUGUCUGAUGCAAGCGACUCCAAGGAAGACAGAGUAAAAAAGAACGAGAAUUCGAAAACAUCAACUGCCAAACGUAAAAUCCAAGGAACGGACAGCGAAACAGACCCGCGAGGAAGUGCUGACGAAAAAUCGACGGGAGCAAUCCCAAAGACUGGAAAAGAUGUCAAGAGAGGUAGAGGUAGACCUCGCAAACACUGA